AUGGUAAAUAUAUUUGGAGAAGUGAUGCAAGCGGCAGGUACUCUUCAGAUGAAAGGUGAACGAUGCCGUAUGGUGCCUCUCUUGCUGACAAAGACAAGCUUAUCGGAGCUGGAUCGUGAGUCACCCGUCCACGAGGAAGAAACUUUGCUCUGUGGAACAAGAACUAUUCAGGGUUUUUCUCAUUCAUACAGUCGGUGGAAACCGAUAUAUAAGAAGGCAGUUAAAAAGGCUUGGAAGCCAGUUUGGCAUAUUGGUUUAACACCUCAGGACUGGUGCAAUCAAAUGUUGGCUGCUAAUCUGCGAUCUCGGACUCUCCAUCUCUCAUUGCCAUCAUCUUUGGUCCUAAAUCAUUCAUGGAAACUUGGGUUGUUGGGUUCCAGUCGCACUCUCUCUUCAUCAGCUGUUGAAUCUAACAGCGAAAAAGGCUUACUGGACCUAAAUGACAUCGAGAAGGUUCUCACUGAUGUGAGAGCAGAUGACGUGAAAGUUAUACCAGCUAAGAAACAUGCUGAAUGGGCUGAUUAUAUGGCUAAGCAAAAGCAAAAAGGGACUCGGCGAAUGACGCUCCCCAGUGUGGAAGGGCAAGAGGGAGGAAAGUGGAUUGUUAUUGACUCUGGUAAGGUGAUAGUUCAUGCUCUUGAUGAGAAGGCUCGAGCAUACUACAAUUUGGAAAGUCUUUGGACCUCAGACAGAUCUAAAGAAGAGCCUGAGAAUUUGGAUAAAGCUUUUGUCAAGAUUCGCCCCAAGAGAAACAAUUCAAAAAAACCAGCAAAUCGAGAUGCCUGA